AUGCCAACAAGAUUGAAUCUGUCGCGAACAAGGGUUCGAUAUAACCUUAAUAAGAGGAGGAUGCAAGUUCCAACUUUGACACGACUACAAAGUACCUUCAAAAACCUAAUGUCCAAUCAAAGAUUCCCUUCUAAAAUCAAAUGCAAUAAGGAGCUUAAGGGCAGAGCAAAAAGGCAAUACGAAAAUUACAACUCAAGAUGGCCCAUGCCACAUCCUUCUCAACGAAUAAUUGAGCUAAAAAAUGAAGCCGAAGGCAGAUCUCAAUCAAACUCCGACAUUGGACAUAACAAUAAAAAAAGAAAAUGUCCUGUCGAGUUUAUUGAUGAAAGGGGUCAGUCCGGUUACAUAAGAAAGCAAACUUAUGUAACCGGACAUUCAUCUUCUACUUUACAAGUAGAUAAUAGCACCGUUGGUGUUAUACGUAAGAUCGUUACCCCUUCUGGCACUAAGCGGCUCAUUUUGUGCCAUCCUUUUGAAAAAAAGGAUUAA